AUCUCGCACCAUCAAGUUGUGCUUGGAGACCUUCGUGCGUCAGGCGCUCUGGGUAAUAAUUGACAGGUCUGGAGAGGUGGUGCGUGCGGGGGGUUCACAGCUGGCUGGCUUCACUCCACUCUCCCCUGUUUAAUCACCGAUAACCCUCCAAAGCAUGGUCGGGUGAAGAGCGGAGCGGAGAACUGGACGUCCGAGGCCAGAACAGCCCGGAGCCAUGCGCGCCCUGCUCGCCCUCCUCGCGCUGCUCGCCCCCCUCGGCUCCGCCAAACCCAACGCUGGCCUGAAAACGUGGAGUCGCUUCAGCAAAAUGCCUUAUCCCGGAGACAAGGCUUUCCUCUACAACACCUUCCCUGGGGACUUCGUCUGGGCGGUGGGCACGGCCGCGUACCAGGUGGAGGGCGCGUUCGAGAAGGACGGCAAGGGGCUCUCCAUUUGGGACACUUUUACGCGCGGAGGGAACCGGAAGGUCACCGGGGACGUGGGCAGCGACAGCUACCAUAACAUCCACGCCGACAUCCGAGCCAUCCGGCAGCUCGGGGUCAGCCACUACCGCUUCUCCCUGUCCUGGGCCCGGAUGUUCCCCAACGGGACGCGUGGGAGCCACAACGAGAUCGGCACCAACUACUACCGCACGCUCAUCCGGAGGUUGAAGGAGAACCGAGUGCAGCCGGUGGUCACGCUGUACCACUGGGACCUGCCCGACCACCUGCAGCAGACCCUCGGCGGCUGGAGCAACCCGGAGAUGGUGGGCAUCUUCAAGGAGUACGCGGACUUCUGCUUCCAGACCUUCGGGGACGACGUGAAGAUCUGGAUCACCAUCGAUAACCCGUUCGUGGUGGCGCGUCACGGGUACGGCACCGGAGUGGUCGCCCCCGGGAUCAAGAGCGACCCCGACCUGCCGUUCCGGGUGGGACACAACCUGCUGAAGGCUCACGCGGCUGUGUGGCACCUCUACGACCGACACUACCGCCCCCGGCAGCAGGGCAAGCUGUCCAUGGCUCUGGCCUCUCACUGGAUCAAGCCCAGCCGCACCCGCCUGGAGAGCCUGCGCGAGUGCCAGUGCUCCCUGGACCACGUCCUGGGCUGGUUCGCCCGGCCGCUGUUCACAGACGGGGACUACCCCCCCUGCAUGAGGGCCAGGCUGGGCUCGCGGCUGCCCACCUUCACGCGGGAGGAGAGGGAGCAGGUGAGGGGAACGGCGGACUUCUUCGCCCUCUCCCACGGAGCGGCCCUCAGCUUCCAGCUCAUCAACGACAGCCUGAAGUUCGGGCAGCAGGAGGACCUGGACCUGAGGAUGCUGCUCUACUGGGUCAACGCCGAGUACGACCGGCCGCCCAUCUUCGUGGUGCAGAGCGGCUGGUACGUCUCCGGCAGCACAAAGACUGAAGACCCCAAACACAUGUACUACCUGAAGAGGUUCAUCGCUGAGGCCCUGAAAUCGAUCGUGAUAGACAGAGUGAAUGUGAUUGGAUACACCGCCUGGUCUCUGAUCGACGGGUUCGAGUGGCACAGGGAAUACAUCAUACGACGAGGACUCUACUACGUGGACUUCAACACUCUGGACAUGAAGAGGGAGCCCAAGACGUCUGCCACCUUCUACAGAAAUGUCAUCCAGAGAAACGGUUUCCCUGAACUUCCAGAGAACAGACCAGCGCAGGGAGUGUUCCCGUGUGAUUUUGCCUGGGGCGUAUCUGCCAACUCCAUCCAGGUGGAGACGAUGCCCAGCCUGCUAGCUGACCCCAGUGUUUACCUUUGGAACAUCUCCAGCAACGGCCCCCUGAUCAAGCUGGAGGGCGUCAGCGCGCCGCCUUUACGCAGAGCAGCCAACUGUGCAGAUUACGACACCAUCCGACAACAAGUGGAUGAGAUCCAGCGGGUCGGAGUAAACCACUUCCAUUUCUCUCUGAACUGGUCGGCCCUGGUGCCCACGGGUGAUGUGGCUGACCCCAACACCACCCUGCUGGGCUACUACCGCUGCUUCACCCGUCAGCUGCUGCGGGCCAACAUCACGCCGGUGGUCACGCUGUGGCACCACACCCGCCAGCGCAGCAGCCUGCCGGCGCCACUGGACACCGACAACAAGUGGCUGAACAGGAAGAUUCCGGAGGCGUUCGCAGAAUACGCCCGACUCUGCUACAGGGAGCUCGGCGCCCACGUGAAGAUGUGGAUCACCCUGAACGAGCCCAACGACGAGAUGGUGAGCUACCAGGAGGGGCACCAGAUGCUGCGGGCGCACGCUCUGGCCUGGCGCGCCUACGACGGCGAGUUCAGACCCACGCAGGGAGGACAGGUGUCCCUGGCUCUGCACAUGGACUGGGUGGAACCGGCCUUUUCCUUCAGCCGUGAAGACGUGGAACCGGCCAAACGGGUCAUGGAGUUCCGAGUCGGCUGGUUCGCGGAGCCGAUCUUUGGCAGCGGGGACUAUCCUCUGGGGAUGAGGAGCUGGCUGCGUCAGCUCAACUCACUGGAGUUCAAGCUGCCGGUCUUCAAUGAAGAGGACAAGCAGCUGGUCAAAGGAACAUACGACUUCUUCGCCAUCAGUCACUUCAGCACCGAGUUGGUGGCACAUGCGAGGGAAGACACGUACACCUACACGAAAAUGCUGGAGGUCCAACACAUGAUCGACACCACGUGGAUCAUGUCCCCGAGGCCUGUGGUGCCCUGGGGCCUGAGGAAGGCCCUCAACUGGGUGAAGGAGCACUACAGUGACGUGCCCGUGUUUGUGAUGGCUAACGGGGUCCAGGAAGACCCGGCCCGCUUCAAGGACAGCCUGAGAGUCUACUACCUGUACAACUACAUCAACGAGGCUCUGAAAGCGUACACUCUGGACGGCGUCAACCUGAAGGGUUACUUUGCGUACGCACUGAGCGACCAGAGGGACCCGGGCUUUGGUCUGUACGGCCAGGUCCACGAGGAGGUCAUCGUGAAGGCGUCUCUCUCCAACUACCGCAACAUCAUCCAGCACAACGGCUUCCCCAUCCAGGGGGCCGCCCGGCAGCAGUGUCCCAGCUCCCCCCAGCCCUGCCCGGGCUGCCACGUGCUGGUGAAGAUGCCCGUGGUGGGGUUCUUGACUCUGGUAGGCUCGGGGGUGCUCAUCACCCUGUGCCUCAUCAUUUACUACACAACCAAGAGACACAAAGAGUGCUACUGAGGAUUGUUUUUGUGUUAUUGUUUGCUCUUUUUAUGAAUGAGUCUCAACAGAUGAUAUUGGGCUCUUUGUUCAGCGUGUGUAUUAUUCUUCGUCUAUUGAGUUGCUUCUAAAUGAGGUCUGAAUUUGUACCUAGAGGUGAAAUCCUCUUGACUCUGGUGUGACCACUGUUAUUAAGUGUUAUUUAAAGAUGGAGUGAAUUUGUUACCUGUAGCUGCUGCAUUGAGCAGCUGAUGAAUCUGUGAAUGUAUCAAGACUGUUUUUAAAAAAUGAUUUAAAGGCU